UGGUUAUGAUACAUGUCUUCCUCACCGUGUCUUAUAUCUCUCGCUGGGAACACCAUGUGACUCUCACAUUCACGCCCACGAACACCGAUUUUUGGCCUGUGGUACUGAGCGCUUCACUACAAGCAUUUUACACGCUCUACACAGCUGUCUUGGUCUUCCUUACUCAACAGCUUGCAAUCUCAAGGGCACUUGUGCGCCGUCUGAAAUUGACGUCGAUCCACGACAUCUCCGGCGCAUGGGCAGGUCUUGGCUCCGCACUCAAUACCGUUUGGAAACAAACUGGUGUCCGUGCAUCACUGUGGGCGACUACUGCUGUGGCAACCUACCUUGUAUGCAUUUCUGUGCUGCACGUCACCUCUUCCACUCUCCUACAAUUUCAAACAUUUAAUUCUUCUAUAACGACUAAUGUGUCAACAACACUAGGAUGGGUAGAUCUGUCAACCUCCAGCUCGCUCAACAACUGGAAAACCAUCAUCACUACAUCCUUACCGACUAUCAUUCAAUUUUCUGGACUUGUCUCUACAGGGUUAUCCAUUAAUACAGUCUACGACACCUCGAAAACAAACUCUAUAGUCGGAUAUGCAGAGGUGAAUGCGACGACGAUAACCUCGAGUUGCGCAGUGCCUCCAAAUGCCACAUACUCUCAGAACAGCAGCAGAGCAACUGCCCCAUUGGGCAAUCAAGGCGUAUUCCAAGUGGCCGUAACCCCUCCCUGGACAAACCAGAUACAACAACUUCAGAUUGAUGGCAUUACAAUCAAUGACCUAAUUGAUGGAUAUCAGACUUACACACUCCCUUCUGUCGUGCUAAUGAUCUCUACCUUGUUGGAGAUCGACCCUUCACUACAACAGGAGGUUGCGGUACCGAUGACCUUUGAAUCUCAAUAUUCGAACACAUCCAUUGAAGUCUAUUUUGUGCAAUGCUCGCUGUCGACCAACAAUACCACAUUAGUGAUUGAUAUGCAAACCAACACCCUACAGACUCACAUGCCCAUCUCGCAGUCAUCCGUGCAAUGGGAGGAAAUGGAUCAGUGGACAUCUACCCCGUGGUCAAUAUUUAUCGGUCAGGUUUUGUCUGCUUCAGGCGGUAGUGGGUAUCAAUUUGGGGGUUCAAAUGGCAGUGAACCCUCGGUUAUGGAUGAGUAUAUCAUGUCUUUGGUAGGAUUGGAUCUCCCAGCUCAAUAUGACCAAUCGCUCAACACCGAUGAACCUCCUGCCGCUGUUUUCGUCCUGAACCUGGAUACACUAGAAACUGCUAUUGCGCAAACAGUCGCACAACUCACUUGGAUGGCAAGCCGAACGGGAUCCAACGUAGGAGUUCUACCUGGCGAGGGGAUGGCCCUUGUCAACGAGGAGGUGAUUGCCCUACGCCUCAAUUUGCUGUUUGCGACCUCUGCGUCGGUGAUCAUGUUGGGAUUGGCUUUACACACGACGAGAGCAUUCGACGCAUCCCACGACAGCGCAUUGCAAUUGCUGUGGUUGGGUCAUCAUUCACCAUCCGUCCACGAAGCUUUGGAAGAUGUGGAGCAUCCGACGGAGGACAACUUGCGUCGUGCAGGCAUGAUAGAUGUUUGUUUUGCGAGGACGACAUCCGACGAAGAAGAGCUGUCUAUAAGCUCGACUGAUAGUCUCUCUGUUCGGGGAGUUGACCACGGCCAUGACAACGGGAUAUAA